AUGGCCUCCAAGAAGACCGCAAAAGCUGGCCCUGCAUCAAGAGCCUUGUUGCCUCAGCGGCCAACGCAGCAACCACCGAACUGGCCUGCAUUUACUCCACUCAUACCAGAGUCAGACCUCUCGCUGCAAGAGUCACUCCCCGGGCAGAUCGUCACCAUACCCAACUUCUUCACCGCCACACUCUGCAAAACCUACGUCUCAUUCCUCUCCUCGCUCCCCUUGACUACGACACCUGGCAAGCCCAAGAAAGGGGACGCAGUGCGCGUCAACGAUCGUUACCAGAUCGAUGACCCCGCUUUCGCUGAGAGACUGUGGAGUGGGACCUCCUUGAGGAACUUGGUUACUGGACUUGCAAACAACGACGGCCUUGGUCUGACUGAAGCUCAGCGGAACGAGCUGUGGGGCGGCAAGGUCAUUGGACUCAAUCCUAACAUCCGCAUUUAUCGAUACUCCAAGGGGCAGUUCUUCGACCAGCAUUACGAUGACUCCAACAAUGUGACUGUACCAGGCUCGCCACCAGCUCCUGGACGUACCACCUGGACCCUCCUUCUCUAUCUUACGUCUCCGGCCACAGGAUGCAUUGGCGGCGAGACUGUCUUCUAUCCCGACCCUCCAAAGAAGAAGAGUAGGGAGCCGCUACCGGAGCCCUUCGUUGUCGGGCUCGAGGUUGGCCUGGCGCUGCUGCAUAAGCAUGGAGCAGACUGCAUGCUUCAUGAGGGCCGCGAAGUCCUACAGGGCGAGAAAUGGGUCAUUCGAAGUGACCUGUGUGUGAAGCGCUGA